UUGCAGGAAAGCAGUAGGUGACAGCAAAACUCCUCCUUUUCUCGCAGUGAUCAGGAGUGCUCUGUGGUGAACAUGGCAGAUGCAGAUUAAGGUCCAGGGGGCUGCCGCCGCCUCCUCCUCACUAUACAACUUGUUGGCUGCCCAGCAAUUUCCCGUGUCGCUGGCUGGAGAGGUAGCUGGCCGGGGAAGAGCAGCCGGGUUCGGGGCUGUGUGUGUGGUGGGGAAGAGAGGCGCCCUGGGCUGUGUGAUGAUCCGGGUAUGGAGGGCAAGCAGGGGGGAGCAUCUGGGGCCGCUGCUUUGCUGCUGAGCCGCUCCGGGAGCCGCGGGGCACAGCAGGGACCAGCUGCCAGGCGGCGUGCCAGCCACUGCUGCUGGGCUCGGGGGCGGCGUGUCCCCCUUCCCAGGGCGGCGGCGGCGGCGGCGGCGGCGCUGGGCUGGGUCUGAUCGCUCCUUGCAGUGCAGCUCGCUGCCGCGGCGCUUAUCAGCUCAGCGCCCUUCCUCUGCGCGGCAGGCAGGGGCGGAGGGCGCACACGGGGGGAAAGGGGGCGCCGAGCCGGCCAGGGCCAGAGAGCAGCAGCCAUGCUGCCCGGGGUGGGGGUGUUCGGCACCAGCCUCACCGCCCGGGUCAUCAUCCCGCUGCUGAAGGACGAGGGCUUCUCGGUCAAAGCGAUUUGGGGCCGGACCCAGGAGGAGGCGGAGGAGCUGGCCAAGGAGAUGAGCGUCCCCUUCUACACCAGCCGGAUAGACGAGGUCUUGCUGCACCAGGACGUGGACCUGGUCUGCAUCAACCUGCCGCCACCGCUCACCAGGCAGAUCGCGGUCAAAACCCUGGGCAUUGGAAAAAAUGUUAUCUGUGACCGAACAGCAACUCCCCUGGAUGCCUUCAGGAUGAUGUCUGCGGCCCAUUAUUACCCCAAGCUCAUGAGCAUCAUGGGGAACGUUCUCCGCUUCCUGCCUGCCUUUGUGAAAAUGAAGCAGCUGAUUCAGGAGGGCUAUGUGGGGGAGCUGCUGGUGUGCGAGGUGCAGGUGCACAGCGGAAGUCUGCUGGGCAAGAAGUACAACUGGAGCUGUGAUGACCUGAUGGGGGGCGGGGGUUUGCACUCGGUCGGUACCUAUAUCAUCGACCUCUUGACCUUCCUCACCAGCCAGAAGGCUGUGAAAGUGCAUGGGCUGCUCAAGACCUUUGUGAAACAGACAGACCACAUCAAGGGAAUACGUCAGAUCACCAGUGAUGACUUUUGCACGUUUCAAAUGGUUCUGGAAGGAGGGGUGUGCUGCACUGUGACCCUUAACUUCAAUGUCCCUGGGGAAUUCAAACAGGAUAUUAUUAUGGUAGGUUCAACUGGUCGACUGAUUGUAAUAGGCACUGAUCUGUAUGGGCAGAGCAACAGCUCUCCUCAAAGAGAGCUCCUUCUAAAGGACUCUAUGCCAGUCAGCAACUCCUUACUGCCUGAGAAAGCAUUCAGUGAUAUCCCAUCCCCAUACCUUCAGGGCACUAUUAAGAUGGUACAGGCCAUCCGGCAAGCGUUUGAGGACCAGGAUGACAGGAGAACCUGGGAUGGGAGGCCCCUCACCAUGGCUGCGACUUUCGAUGACUGCCUGUAUGCCUUGUGCGUAGUGGACACCAUUAAAAAGUCAAAUCAACUAGGGGAAUGGCAGAACAUUGCAAUCAUGACAGAAGAGCCUGAGCUGAGCCCUGCAUACCUGAUCAGUGAAGCCAUGCGUAGGAGCAGAAUGUCUCUGUACUGCUAGCUUCACUCAGCUCUUAGAAAGGAAUUGAAACAACACAGCUCUUAAAGAAUAAUUCAGACAGCAUAAGGAUUUGGACAUAUAAAAGUUUGACAAAUUUGGUGUUUAAACCAACUAAACUAGUUGGUGCCUCUAUACUACGGUGAUGGGAGCAUUAGAAAUGCCUAAGCUAGACAGCUGGAAAUGAGAAUUGUUUAAGGGCUGACCUAAAUAACUUGUGUUAACUGUUUAGCAGCAGUAUUAACUGUCUGGAUAGCGAGAUAUCAUGGAAUCAGUCUCCUGCAUGGAAGUGCUUAGCUGAUCCAGUUGUGUUUACUGUGAAAGUUCAGGAAGGUCCUUUUUGACUUACCUGUCCUGCCAGAGGGCUGUGAAGGCUCUGUCAUGUCAGAGAGUCUCCUGUGGCAUCUGACGUGAAGAGUUCCUACCAUGCCAGCUGACAACACCACACUGUACUACUACAUUACUAACGAGUUCUUAGAAUAAGAAGACUUGGUGUGACCAAGUGUCAUGUGACCUGGACAAACUUGGCAGCUCAAUUUUCAUAGUUUAUUCUGAGGGGUUUUUUUUUAAUUUUAUUUUUUUUAACACAAUUAAGUAGGGAACACUGUGGCUUUUGUAAACAAGUCCGUCUCCAACAGCAGCUCAUAUAACUGUGGGGGAUGGGGAAAGCAUUCUACAAGCUCAUGUUAAGUUUCAAUGUUAGCUGUACAGAUGUGCUCAUAAAGAAGGCUUGUGCAAAACGUUCAUCAGCAAAAUCCAGGCCAUGUGACACUCUCUGAUUUGGGGUUUGUUACACAGCCAAAACUUGGGCUAGGUUUACACACUUUCCUGUGAGCCUGGGAUUGAGUUCUGAGUGAACCGGGCUCGAAUUAUGGCAAAGAAUAUACAAAACUAAGUGGGCUUCUACCCGAAAGCUAUGUUUUGCGUUUUUGUGUUUUUAAAUGUAUGUGAACCUCAACCUAAACGAAAAAAUCUGCACCAGCCACCAAGUUCCACGUUGCUCAGCCCAGAAGCUUUCAGCUCCUGAAAAUGGAAGGUCUGAAUGAUAAACCACAAAGAAUGAGAAAAAUUCUUAAAGAUUUGCAGGGAAAAAAGCAAAAACCUCCUUACCUGCCUAAAGUCAGCAGCCACAGGUACUGUGCUGACUGUUCCCUUUGUCAUCAAUGCAGGAACUGACAAAUGGUCUCUGGUUUACUUAUCCUCUUUGUCUUUAAUGUCUUAGGCCCUGCUCUUGCAAACAUUUUAUGCGGAUGCUUGUGAAUUGUCCUGGUGAGCUCUGUGGGACUCCUCUUGUGCAUUAAGCUACUCACGUGUUCACGAGUUUGCAGCAUCGGGGCUGCAGCUAUGGAAAAUAACACAACAAAAUGUAAUCCCCAAAAGAAUACAAAGCAAAAUUACAUUUGUCUUAAACUGUAGCAAAACGACUUGUUUUGGUUAAUCUGAUUGUGGGGGGCGGAGGGGAACCUCUUAGAAGAUUUAUGUUUGCUCUAAGGAUUGGGAGAGAAAUUUUGAACCUUUUUCUCAGGGACACCAGGUCAGUAUACUAAUUAAUUGUUUAGAUUACAAAAAUUAUGAUUCUUUACAUAAAAAAAAAAUGUUUACAGCUGUGUCAUCUGUAGGGGUGCUUAGAGCUCCCUUAGGAAUCCUGCUACUGACCCUUACCUUAUUACCUUGGUCUCUUGACUGCUAUGGUCUAGGCUUUAGUGCUGCAUUUACUGAACUGGGAGAGCAAUGCUAAGUACAAAUUUUAUUAGAAAAAAUAUGUAAAAUCCUAGAUAUUUGUGAACUUUCAUGACUUUUUUACUGAGAUCUAUAAAUAGCGUGAAUAAUGGAGGAAAAAGGUCAUACAGUUUGUUUAAAUAAUAUUGUGAAAUGAAUCAGUCUAUUGGAUGAUUACUGUUUGACCAGCUCUAGCAAUUGUAUCUGUUGUUUACUGCUUCUGCUAGGGCCUUGGGCAAGGAUGCAGGGCUUCUCCUGCCAGGGUCUCAAGUUUCUAUUUUUUUUCCAGUUGUUUAAAAUUAUUCCUUGGAAAAUAAUUGUCAAUGAAGUAAUUAAGCAAAUAGGAAAUAGCCAAGAUUACAAUCGUCGUUGCAUACAACACUAUUCCUUUAUUUAAAUAAACC